AUCCCUGCUAUGACAAUUACAUUUCCUGCGCAUGAUAUGGCUAUGCCCCAAGGAUGGUUCACGCUAGUGCAUCCAGAAGGAUCCCGUUACUUUGUGCACCAAGAAACGAGAACGUUCACAGAAAUGAAUAUUUGUGACGAAGAAACAUGUGAGGACAUCGAAUACUACAUGCAGUGCUUGCUGGAUGAACUCCAACGGGCCGUUGAGUAUGGGAGCCUCGAGCUGGACAUGGAGCAGGUUGACCUUGUGCUCGAGCCAAAAACAUUUGAUGACGACUCUGUCGUCUGUUGCUAUUAUUUCGCCAAUCACCGCGACAGAUGCCUCUUUUGGUUGGACGACUUCAAUGCGGAAGAUAUUCUCUCCGAUUGUAAAGGCGUUGAGAAUCUUUCACACAUACGGCUUGCUAUUCAAGCGCAAUACUGGAGACACUGGGGUUGCUUUCCUAGCUUGUGCCCAGUUACGCAAAAUCUUGUGGAUGAGGUCAAGGAUAUGUUGGUGCAUGCGACAUGUGACCACUUAACAUCACUGCAGUCUUCUGCGGCAUUUGAUGUCGUCGAACUCAGGGACCACCUUUCUGUGGUAGACAACAUCAAGGUCAGCGUCCUCUCAUUUGUCUAUCUAGCUGCAAUUUAUGGUACUUUUGAAGGUCACAAUCACUUUGUGAAUUAUCACGGGGAGGACUGCGCGAGACUUGUCGUUGAACAGACAGUUCAUGGUUGGGCGUAUAAACGAUCACCAUUGAUGGUCAUUCUCGCACCCCUCCUGUUCUUUGACCCUGUGACUCAAGUCCGAGACCUCCACAAGGUUUUCGUUGACAGAAUAGCUUGCACGGCACGGUGGAAUGCAUUCAGUUCAAAAUUGAACGGGCAGCUCCAGGACUCCAAUCUCUUGGCCACUGUUUUGCUCAACGCCAAUGUUGGAUUUCUCGCUAUCGACAGCGUCGACGUGAGUGGUAGAUCUCCCACUCAGGUGGCAAGCUACAUGUCUCUUGUGGCGAGCAUGGGAAGUAUGAUCCUUGGCUUGUUGCUUGUCUCGCACAAUCGAACCAUGGGCCAAGGUACUCACCUCCACGCGGAAAUCUUUCUAUCGGGACUUCACGAUCGAGAACAUGGGCUUGAAAAACUGGCCAUCAUUUACAGCCUCCCAAAAGCGUUGCUCAUCUGGGGCAUGGUCUUCUUUUUCGCAGCGUUCUCUGUAGAUUGGUGGAGUCCUGGCGAUACAUCUUCCAGGGCCAUUGUUGGUACUGUGAUACUGGUCGUAUUCGUAAUGGUGGCGUACAGCGUCAUUCUCAUCAGGAAAGCCGACUGGCAGAUAAAUCCGCUGCAUGGAGGCGUCGGCCUGGAGCUAUUAUCUCGCCUAGCUGACGCUUGGAAGCAGGUCGUGGAAUUUAUGGUGGUGACACGUUGCCACAGAGAAGUCACCGGCGAGCCGCGAUCCGACGCUGAAGGGGCCAGUCUGGUUCAGAUGGGUAUUCCCACAGACGUCUCCCCAGCGAACAUCGAGGCGAAUGCUGUAAUUAGCGGCACCUCUCAUUCAUCGACCUCACCUCAAUCAGAAAUACUAGGCGCGGAAAUUCACCCCAGCCCUUCUAACCCGAUUCGGUCAUGCCGGCCCACUUCUGUGGAUUCACCACACUUACUCAGCUCAUACUGGAGGAGCAGAAAAACCACACCACCACAGCGGCCUGAAGGCUUUCCUUGCUGA